UUCUGGUGUGUUAGAGGGUGAUUGCUGGGGGCUCUUUGCUUAGGACUCCAUGUGAAACUGAUGGGACACCAUGAUUUGGCCUGCAAUGCUCACUCACUCAUUCUUUUAAUAGGGUCUUGCCUCUGAAUCAUGGAGUCAUCCUCCAGGGUCAAAAAAUCGACCCAUGCCAUCACUGUCCAACCAAAUGAAACCAUAUUGACAGCAAUUCCUUUUGGACCUCAGAGCUCUCUGCUGGAAUUCUUGAAGGGAGAGCCGAAUGUCUUGGGGGUUAUCCAGAUCCUGCUAGCCCUGGUCAUGGUGGCCAUCGGAACUAUAUUUCUAUAUAAUUUCAUCAGUUUCUCCCAAAAACUUCCUCUCGUUUUCCUCACAGGAUAUCCAUUCUGGGGUGCAUUUAUUUUCAUCCUUGCAGGACACCUCUCAGCAAACAAUAAGAUGGAGAAAUGUAUGGGACGAUCUGCCACUGCCAUGACUGUUAUCAGUUCCUUGGCAGCUGUCGCUGGCAUCGUUUUAACCAUUAUCAGCUACAAAUAUCAGCACAUGUACUGCCAGCUGCUUUCCCCUGAUGGAAUAUGUGAGAUCGGUAGAAGUCUUUUCAAUGGAAUCUUGGCAGUCUUACUGAUCAUCAGCAUUGUGGAGCUCAGCAUCUCUGUGACUAUCGCCUCCUUUAAAAGCAAGUGCUGGACAAGGUCAAAUGAGAUAGUGUUUUUCUUGCCUUCUGAUUUUGCUCAAGAUAGUGAACUAUCUGUAACAGAUGAAAAUGCUGUAUUACAAUUUGAGCUUCAAGAAGAGACUUCCUCUAGGAAUGAUGAGAUUAUAAACAUACAACCUGUUUUCUUUGGAGGAUAUACUUUCUACAAGUUAAGACUCGCAAGAAGUCCAUUAAUCUGCCAACAGACAAGAAAGAAAAGCAGCAAUAAUUAUUAUAUACCUUCCAUAAAUUUGCUAAAUGAACAACAAAAAAAUAAUCUUUCACCUUCUAAACCUUCUGAGGCAGAAACUGGGAUAAAAUCUUCACGUUCCACAUUACUGAAAACACUCUCAGGAAGUAAUAGGAAAUCGAAAGAAGUUGAUGAUGAAGACCUAAAAUCUGGUAUUGGACAACCUCCAGAAACACAAACCCAGUCAUCAAAGCAUCAAUCCUUGCAACAUCAAGUUGUUUCAUCCCAUAACGUACAACUCCAAGCUUUCCCACGCCGAGAAUCAUCAUCCCAAUUUCUGUCAGCUGAAACCCUGUCAGUACAAAAGUUGCUAUCAGAAGUCUCAAAAUCCCAAAUUAAAAAGUCUCUUUCCAUGUUCUCUGAUGACAAGCCAUUCCAAGAACUGUUAUUCCAAGACAAACCAUCCCAAGUGAGACCAUCCCAAGACAAAGCAUCCCAAGUCAGACCAUCCCAAGACAGAGCAUCUCAAGACAGACCAUCCCAAGUCAGGGCAUCACAAUUCAGAGCAUCCCAAGACAGAGCAACUCAAGACAGAGCAUGCCAAGCCAGAGCAUCCCAAGAUACAACAUCACAAAGCAGAACAUCUCAAGACACAACACAAGGCAGAGCAUCCCAAGACACAACAACCCAAGGCAGAGCAACUCAAGACAGAGCAUGCCAAGUCAGAGCAUCCCAAGACACAACAUCACAAAGCAGAGCAUCUCAAGACACAACCCAAGGCAGAGGAUCCCAAGACAUAACCACCCAAGGCAGAACAACUCAAGACAGAGCAUGCCAAGUCAGAGCAUCCCAAGACACAAUAUCACAAAGCAGAGCAUCCCAAGACACAAUAUCACAAAGCAGAACAUCCCAAGACACAACAACCCAAAGCAGAGCAUUCCAAGACAGAGCAUCCCAAGAUCCACUAUACCAACUACAGUCCAUGCCAGCAAAGGCCAUGAUGAUUGAGACCCAGGAUAUCCUGUUAGCAGACAGUGUGCAACAUGUAGAGCAGCAAUCAGAUCUGAAACUACAAAAGAUCCUACAUGAUGACCAGGAAGGUACACAUAUAGACUAUCAAGACAUUCGAUCAGAAGUAAUGUUACUUACCCAAGGCUGGAAACAUAAAGCAGAACACCACAGCAAAAAAUACUCAAAACAGAAUGCCUUAACUGAUAAAGACAAAGAUCAGCACCAUCCAAAGAGGAGAUCCCUAGAACAGCAAUACAGAGGCAGAGUGUCACCAAAGAAAUAUUCUGCAGAUAAGUACGUCCAAGUAGAGCAAGAUUUAAAGCAGCCCUCAGAUGAGCAAGCUAAGUAUUACCUGGUUCAAAGCGACCAAUCCCUACAGGAGCAACCUCCAAGUGGGGAGGGUGAGGAGAAGACCAAGAUCAGUGAAGAGCAACCUCCUGAACAGGAGCAACAGCCGACUCAAGAGGACAGAUACGAAAACUGGCCCAAUGCAGAAGAGCAAGCUGAAAAGCAGGAACCUCCAAAGCAGCCAGACCCAGACGGGCAAGCUCCAGACAAGGGGGUGCAAGACUUGCAACAAUACCAGAACUGGAUAGCUGAAAGCUGGAAAACCACAGAUUGGAAAGCACAAGAGUUGCAACAAAAAAUGCUGCAGUCCCUAAAUGUGGGAACCAAAGACUGGCAAGCCGAAGCUCUAUUAGAGAAAGAACUCCUGCAGCAGAAAGCUCUGUUCGAAGAAGCCCAAGGCGCGCGCAUAGUAGCUCGACAACACGCAAAUCAGCAAUUACAGAACAUCCCAUUUCAAUACAGUCUCUAUCAAGAUAAGGAUCAACAAGAUGUUCCUUCCAAAAGGAUCCAAAAAGAAGAUACGCAAACAAGAGACAUCAGACUAGGCGACCUACAAUUCGAAGACACGAAGUCAGAUUUUCGUUGUCCCUCUGGUCAAAGCUCAGUGCAAACCUGUUUGUCCAAUACAGAUUCGGAACGCAAUGAGCGACAAAACAUUUCCGUCAGCUGCUCUUCAUACAAAGAUGAUUUGCCUUUGACUUCUACCUCAUGCUAUCCAAAGGAGCAAUCUGAAGACUCUGACUAACACGCAGAAUCUAUCCAAAUACCAUGCGGCUUCCAAUAGGGAACCAAAAUGGGGAAAAACAGUAUCAUCUCCUCCAACCUCAGCUGGCCGUUACCGUAUUCGCCCACGUGAAAAUGAAGGGCAUGCAGAACACCCAAAGGUUUUGUUCUUAAUGAAAAUAAAAUGGCAACAAACCAAAGAUUAACACUCUUAAUGGAAAUUUC